ACGGGGUUUCUCCAUGUUGGUCAGGCUAGUCUCAAACUCCUGACCUCAGGUGAUCCACCCGCCUCAGCCACCCAGAGUUCUGGAAUUACAGGCGUGAGCCACUGCAUCUGGCCUAGAAGGGUUAAUCUUUAGGCAUGGUGGUAUAGGUUAUUUGGUCAGGAAGGGCAGAGUGGGGGCUAAAGACCAGGCCUUUUGGUUGGAUAAGUGGGUGAUGUUCUUGGGCUUUCUAACCAGAGGUAAGGGAGGUUAGUGGCUAUGGAGGUAGGGUGUUUGGAGAGGAUAGUUGGGCAGGUGGCAUACGCUUUCAAGGAAAGAGUGGAUGUAAGGUGAAUGCAGAGGCAUAGGUGUAUUUGAGGCAAAUGGCUGUCCUUUUUUUCCUUAGUGCUUAUUCAGCAUUCUGCGGAAUCACCAGGAUUUUUUGAUGACUUUGAUGGGGCUGGGAGUGUUUUAUUCAACCUGGAGGAUAAGGCCAGGUGCCAGUGUGGUCAUCUGUGACAGUCACUUGGCCUCGGGCAGGUGAUCAGUGGAGCUAGUCUUUGAGUGUUAAGUGGACAGAAGGAGGUUGUCACUGCCAAGGGGAUAGCAAGUACAUCACAGAAGUAUAAUACGGCCAUGGGUAUCUGAGAUGCACAUGUGGUUCUGGUGGCCUAAGUCUAAGGCAAAAAAUGGAGCCAGCCAGGGAGCCUUCAUAGGAUUUGGGGCUGCUACCACUAGUGGAUGCCCUGGGAGAUCUAGGGUAGUAUUAGAUCCUGUUUGAAUUUGUCAAGCAUAUCCUCGAUGCUGUGUGCUAAGUUAUGGUGUAAAGUCUAAAAUUAAGGCCCAGUAUGACCUCUGGUAAAAUCAGGGUGACAUCAAACGGCGUGAGUACAAGUUUCCCUCCCUACUCUUCUCCCAGACAGACAACCCUUUUUAUCAAGGGGACCAGGCACAGUUUCUGCCUAUCACUUUGUAGCAGAUUUCAGCUCCCUACCAGGCCAUGGAGUUUUCCAAAGAAGCCCAUUGUGGGAACCAGGGGCACUUGAUCUUUUUGUUUUCAAAGUGCUUGCAUUCCACAGCUUUUGGUUAUUCACUUUUUUUCUGGACUAGACCCCCGUGUGACGCUGUGUGGUACAUGUUGUCCUCAUCUCCCAGGUUCUAUGGACAUAUGAUUAAUAAACUGUUGUAUCAUCUUUUUUUUUUUUUUUGAGAUGGAGUCUCGCUCUGUCGCCCAGACUGGAAUGCAGUUUCACAAUCUCAGCUCACUGCAACCUCUGCCUCCUGAGUUCAAGCAAUUCUCCUGCCUCAGCCUCCCAAGUAGCUGGGAUUACAGGCACCCACCACCAUGCCCAGCUAAUUUUUGUAUUUUUAGUAGAGAUGGGGUUUCACCAUAUUGGUCAGGCUGGUCUUGAACUCCUGACCUCGUGAUCCGCCCACCUCGGCCUCCCAAAGUGCUGUGAUUACAGGCAUGAGCCACUGUGCCCUGCUGCUGUAUCAUCUUUCUAGUGUCAGGUAUUGUGUAUUUGGCCAUAUCCAUAACCCUAGUGUGGCAAUCCUGCCUUCACUAAUGGGGUAAAGAGGAUGAGAUUAAAACAGUGACAUGGGGGGUAAGAACAGGGAGAUGCCUAUGGUGUGGGCAGUGAGGUGGCAGCCCUGGGCUUGGGGCUGUGGUGUCUGGAGAUAGGAGGGAUGUGUAUUCUGAAGAAUGACGUGCAUCUGGAAAGGGAGUAAGUGACAGCUGCAGGGCCCUGGUAUUGAGACUUAGAUGACCUUGGACAUUCCAGGGGAUUUCAUGAUGUGAUAGUAUGGAUCCUUCUAUGCCAGGCCUCCAGCUUAGAUGCCUAUUUAUCCCUGUGCUGGUUUCUCCUCUCAGUUGGGGAGCUUGGGAAGAGAAUGGGCAUGGGGUAAAGAUGAGGGGGUAUGCAUUGUGGGUCCUUGGGAUAGGGGCUCUUGGUGGUUUCAUCUGUUCUCAUUGUGGCAGGGCACUGUGACCUUUGAAGAUGUGGCCAUACACUUCUCCUGGGAGGAAUGGGGUCUCCUUGAUGAGGCUCAAAGAUGCCUGUACCGUGAUGUGAUGCUGGAGAACUUGGCUCUUUUAACCUCCCUAGAUGUUCAUCACCGGAAGCAGCACCUUGGAGAAAAACAUUUCAGAGGCAAUGUGGACAGAGCCUUGUUUGUGAAGACCUGCACAUUCCAUGUGUCAGGGGAGCCUUCCACCUGCAGAGAAGCUGGGAAGGACUUCCUGGCCAAGUUGGGAUUUCUCCAUCAACAGGCCACUCACACUGGGGACCAAUCAAAUAGCAGAAGCGACGGUGGGGCCAUCAGUCACAGAAGAAAAACUAAUUACAACUGUGGAGAGUACACAAAAGCAUUCAGCCGUAAACACACACUUGUUCAGCAGCAGAGAACGCUCACUACAGAAAGAUGUUACAUAUGCAGUGAAUGUGGGAAAUCCUUUAGCAAAAGCUACAGUCUCAAUGACCAUUGGAGAGUUCACACUGGAGAAAAACCUUAUGAAUGUGGAGAGUGUGGGAAGUCCUUUAGGCAAAGCUCUAGUCUCAUUCAGCACCGGAGAGUUCACACUGCAGUACGACCUCAUGAAUGUGAUGAAUGUGGAAAAUUAUUUAGCAACAAGUCUAACCUCAUUAAACAUCGGAGAGUUCACACUGGGGAAAGGCCAUAUGAGUGCAGUGAAUGUGGGAAAUCCUUUAGCCAAAGGUCUGCACUCCUUCAACAUCGGGGAGUUCACACUGGGGAGAGGCCUUAUGAGUGCAGUGAAUGUGGGAAGUUCUUUACAUAUCAUUCCAGUCUCAUAAAGCACCAGAAAGUUCAUAGUGGAUCCAGGCCUUAUGAGUGCAGCGAAUGUGGGAAGUCAUUUAGCCAAAACUCUAGCCUCAUUGAACACCAUAGAGUUCACACUGGAGAAAGGCCUUAUAAGUGCAGCGAAUGUGGGAAAUCCUUUAGCCAAAGGUCUGCACUCCUUCAACAUCGGGGAGUUCACACUGGGGAGAGGCCUUAUGAGUGCAGUGAAUGUGGGAAGUUCUUUCCCUACAGCUCCAGUCUCCGAAAACACCAGAGAGUUCACAAUGGAUCAAGACCCUAUGAAUGCACUGAAUGUGGGAAAUCCUUUACUCAAAAUUCCGGCCUCAUUAAGCACAGAAGGGUUCACACUGGGGAGAAGCCUUAUGAGUGCACUGAAUGUGGGAAAUCCUUUAGCCAUAACUCUAGCCUUAUUAAACAUCAGAGAAUUCAUAGUCGAUAAAAGCCUUGAGUGGCAAAUGUGGAAAAUCUGUUAGCACCCUGGAGAAAUUCCUUGAGUACACAGUGAAUGUGAGAAAGCUUCAGCUGAAGGCCGUAUCUCAUUGAGUGCCACAGAAUGCACAAGGGAAAGACACCUUUGAUAUGUAGGGAUGUCCAGUUGAUACAACAGUUCUGAAGGGGAUCCCUUAUGAGGGUGGCAUCAGCCUGAAUUGAACAUCCUAUAUCUGAACAUCUGCAUAAAUUCCAGGUAUGUGGGAACUGCAUUGCACCUUUUGCCCUGCCCAGGGCCCAUGUCAGAUGUAUGUCUCUGCUGAUACUGUAGUGGAAGCCAUUUUACCUCUACUGCCUGGCAGGUGACCACCAGUGUGCACCACUCGCCCACCCCAGUGUAUUCAGGCCAUGGACCUGACCCGGUUUGGCCCAGAGGACUCUGCUGGUGACCUGAAAAGAGGGACUACAUAUUUCAGGAUAUUGUUGGUGUCACAUGACUCUUGAUAGAGUUUUCCAGCCUCCAGAUCACCAACUGUGGGAACCACCUGCCUCUUACUGCCUUGGUUUGUACAAUAAUAAAGGCCUCAUAAAUCUUG